AUGCUGCCGCACCACGCCGCACAGCAGCAGCACCAGCCUGGCCAGCCGUACGACCUCGCCAACCCCCAGUUCGCGCCCAAGAACGGCGCGCCCAUGCCGGCGUCGGCGUUCGCGGCUCCUCCUCGCCCGAUGUCGGCGCAACACGGCCAGUACGGCUCGCCCGCACCGCCGCACGGCCAGGUCGACUACUCGAACGGCGCCGGCGCGUACGGCCAGCAGCACGGCGGCGCCAUGAUGGACUCGCCCGCCGCGUUCGGCACGCAGCAGGCCGGCGCGCCGCCUAGCCAGCAGGCGCCGUGGCCCCAGCCCGUCCAGCAGCAGCAGCAGCAGCAGUACCAGCAGCAGCCGCACAACAUGUACAUGAACCCCGGCGGCGCGCACGGCGGCGGCGGCGGCGGCGGCGGGACCCCGGCGUCGUCCUCGACCGCGAGCCUGUUCCAGCAGCAGCUCGCCCAGCAGCAGGCCAUGUCGAGCUCGCCAGCACCUCCGCCCCAGGCCAACUACCAGAACCUCGCGCACUCGCAGCAGCAGUACCUCCAGCAGCAGCACGCGUACCAGCAGCAGCAGCACCAGGCGCAGGCCCAAGUCCGGGCCUCGCAGGCGCCUCAGCACCACCAACCCUCCCUGUCUCAAUCCCCAGCGCCGCAGCCCAAACAUUCCCCCUUCUCGCAACCUCCUCGAGUCGCCGGCCAGCCGUCGAUGCAGGACCUGCAGGCGACCCUGCGCGGCGUCAACCUCAACGGCAUGACGGCCGAGCGCUUCCAGCAGCUCCCGCCGCACCAGCAGGUCGCCGUGCGCGAGUUCCUCACGCGCUCGCGCCAGGCGCAGCAGGCGCAGCUCGGCCUCGGCAUGCCCGGGCCCGGCGCCCCCUCGCCGCGCACGCCCGCCGCCGCGAGCCCGCCCGCGCGACCGCCGACGGCGCAGGCCCAGCCCCAGCCCCAGCCUCAAGCGCCGCCUCAUCCUCACCAAGGCCAGUCGCAGGGCGACGGCAUGGCGGCGCCGGGCCAAGGGCAGGGCGCGGCGCCGGGUCAGCAGGCGCCUGCUUCAGGGCCGCCGGCGCAGAGCCCGCAGGCGGCCGCCUUCCUCAAGACGCUCGCCGAGUUCUACAGCAAGAAGGGCAUGCCGUUCCACGGCGCUCCUGUCGUCGAGGGCCGGCCGCUCGACCUCGCGAGGAUGUUUGCGGCUGUGACGCAGGCCGGUGGGCUCGCAGGCGUCACGAACGCGCGCAAGUGGGGCCUCGUCGCGAGCGGGCUCGGCUUUGCGGCGGCAGCACCUGAUCAGCAUCCCGACCAACGCCUUCAAGCGCUCAUGCAGGCCUACCAGCAGGUCCUCUUCCCGUUCGAGCAGUACUGGGCGCAGGCGCAGCAGGCGCGCCUCGCUCAAGCGCAGCAGGCCCAGGCCCAAGCGCAACAGCAACAGCAGCAGCAGCAGCAGCAACAGCAGCAGCAGCCACAGCAGCAGCAGCAGCCACAGCAGCAGCGCAGCCAGUUUGCCGCUCAAACCGCGUCGCCGAUGGGUGCGAGCGCCACGCCGACCGCCGAGCAGCUCGGUCAGCCCGCCACCCCGUCCGCCGCCGCUCCCGGCACGCCGCAGCAGGGCCCGUCGCGGCCAUCCACGGCGACGACGACGCGGCCUGCCUCGCGAGCGGCGGCGACGCCCGCGCCUGCCACGGCCACAGCGUCGCCGCUCAUGGCGCAGGCGGUCCCGCCCGGCGCGCCCUCGCCGUUUGCGACGGUGAACGGGACCCAGCCGGGUACGUCGAGCGGGCCGAGCGAGGACUUGAAGGUCAGGGCCAAGGUGGAGGACUCGACCGACGACGCCCAGCUCCCUACCGCCAUCCCUCCUAUCCCUCUCGCCGCGACCACGCCCGCGCCGGCCCCGUCCGUCGGCCCGCCUCGCCGCAAGCGCCGGCGCAUCGAGUACGCCCCGCUCGCGCGCCCGGUCGACACGUACGGCGGCACCGACCUCGCACUCGUCGAGGCCAUCUUCCACCGCCUCGACAAGAUGCGACCGCGCCGCACCAUCGCCGACCUCGGCACGGUCGACGUGCACGGCCUCACGAUGAGCCUGCGGUCGAGGUUGGCGAGCGAGGUGUCGUACGCGCUCAACGCGCUCGCCACCAUCGCCAUGGCGCCGCCGCACGAGUCGAGGUUCAAGCUGCGCGACAACGCCGACCUCGUCGAGGAGCUGCUCGACCUCCUCGAGGAGACGGCCUUCGGGCUCGACGGCGCCGGUGACGACGACGGACACGAGCCACCAGCGGCCGCUCUCGAACCCGGUCCGACACCCUGUCGCGAGCCCGACACGUACCGUCGGCUGUUCUCGCUCGUCGAGGACGAGGCGAGCGACCCAGCGCCCGUACCGCCACCGCCCUCGUCCGACCCUGCCGCGUCGUCGCUCCGCCCCGCCGAGGUUACGCUCGCCGUCGUCAACCUCGUGCGCACGUUCGCGUUCGACCACGACGACGCCCAGUUCCUGGUCGACGACGGCCGCGCCGCCGCCCUCCUCGUUCGAGCCGCGAGCCUGCCGCUCGAGCGCUCACGCUACCUCGGCGGCGCCGCCUCGUCGUCGUCGUCCUCGGACGUGCACGUGACGGCGGCCCAGUCGAUGGCGCUCAAGAAGGCGGCGCUCGAGACGCUGGCGGCGUUCGGCACCAACAUGCGCCUCGACGCCGUGUCGCCCGCGACGGCGGCCCAGACGGUCGACCUGUUGCUGUUCUUCGUGCGCGAGCCGCACACGCACCGCGAGCCGUGGGCGUUCGACCUGAGCAACACGCCGGGCAUGGCGAGCAAGCAGGCGCAGGUGCACGCGUACCCGUCGUCGUCGUCGUCGUCGGCGGCGGUCAACAGCAGCGCGGUCCCGCCGUACCUCGACCUCGGCCUGUCGACGUUUGCGCGCCUCGUCCUGCCCGACGCGAACCGGGCUGUCGUCGGGCGCCUCCUCGACCCGGACGAGCUGCACUCGCUGUUCGACGCGCUCGUGCGCCUCCUGCCCGUCGCCGAGGCCGACUUCCAGCUCAUGACGUUCGAGGUCGGCAUCGUGCACGUGCACAACACGAUCAUGACGCUGUACAACCUCGCGUUCCUCGCGCCGGCGAGCAUCCGGCUCCGGCUGCGCGCCGACCCCAAGGCGGUCAAGAGCCUGCUGCGCGUCGUGCGCCGCCUCGUCGGGACCCUGUCGGCGUCACACGACACCGAGAUCUGGCAAGGGAUCGCCGAGCGGUGCAUGGCCAUCCUGCGCCUGCUCGACGACGUCGACCGCCCGGUGAGCGGCGCCAAAGCGGCGCAGCAGGGCGUCAACGCGGGCCUGCCGUGGUGGGGCCUCAGCAUGAGCGGCAUCGACGACGACGACGACGACACGGCGGGCGCGGUCGACGAGGGCCCGCCGUCGCCCGUCGAGGACGCAGGCGCCGCCGGCGAGAAGGACGACGUCGUCAAGCGCGACCACGCGCACGGACCAGCGCCGUCGUCGUCCGCGGGUCCGAUCCUCGCCGGCGAGCGACGAGCCCUGUUUGAGGCGGUCCAGAUGGGCUCGCUGCAGCUGGCGAUCCCGGCGUUGGCGCAGAUGGCGGACGCGACGCGUGGCAGCGGCGGGCGGCGGCGCAGGCGGUGA